AUGGGUUCUGAAACUGCAUGUAGCUUAAUUGGCGGUGGUUUAAUCGUACUGCUAAUAGCCGGCUAUUUUGGUCAACAGUUUCUACCACCACCUAAACCUAAAAUAAUUGGACUUGACUUAGGCACAACUUACUCGUGUGUGGGUAUUUAUCAUGCAAUAAGUGGUGUAAUUGAAGUUAUUCCAGCACAACGAAACCGCUCAUGUAUGCCAUCAAUUGUCUCAUUUCUAUCUGAUACUGACAUUCGGAUUGGUUAUGAUGCAAAUGAUUUAAUAGAAACAAAUUCAAAAUACACUAUUUAUGAUACAAAACGUUUUAUAGGUAAAAAAUAUACAAAAGAGAAUCUAGAUAAAAUACAGAAGAAUUAUCCAUUUGAAUUAGUCCUUAAUUCUGAUGGCUACGUUGAAUUUGUCAUAUCGUCCAAUGGUACAACUGUAUCAGCUCAAAAAAUUGGCUCUAUUAUAUUGAGACAUUUAAAAACAUUAGUUGAACAACGUUUAAACAUCAAAAAAAUGUAUGAGUGUGUCUUAAGUGUUCCAGCUGAAUUUGAUAAAGAACAAAUUGAUGCAACAGUUUUAGCUGCUGAAUUAGCACAAUUAUCAGUAAGGAGAACAAUCUCUGAACCAACAGCAGCCGCUCUUGCCUAUGGUCUACACAAAAAAUCAAAUAUUCAAUAUAUUCUUGUUAUUGAUAUUGGUGGUGGUACAACAGACAUUAGUCUCUUGCAUGUACAAGGUGGAAUGUUUAAAGCACAAGCAAUGGCUGGAAAUAAUCGUCUGGGUGGACAAGAUUUUAAUCAGAACACGGUAAAUUUUGUGAUGAAUGAAAUGAAUUUGAAUAAAGCAACACUUGAUCCAAACGUUUUACAACAUUUAAGAACUGAAAUUGAACGUUGUAAAUUAGAAUUUUCAUCACAAACAUCAUGUUUAAUUAAUUCGUCUUUUACAUUAUCACGUGAAACGUUUGAAACUAUCAAUAAAAAUUUAUUUAAAAAAAUCGUAGAGCCACUCGAUCGAAUAUUUGAAUAUGUUGGUGAGGAUAGUGAGAAUAAUGGAUUAAAGCCAAAAGAUAUUGAUGAAAUUGUGUUAGUGGGUGGAUCAACAAGAAUGUUAAAAAUUCGACAGUUAAUAGAAGAAUAUUUUAAUAAAAAACCAAAUACAAAUAUUGAUCCUGAUGUUGCAGUAACAUACGGGGUGGCAAUACAAGCCGGAAUUCUAGGAGGUAUGUGGCCAUUGUCAGUUGGUGUGAUAGAAGUAAAGACAGCUGUUGAAAAAAUACAUAUUGAGCCCUGA